CCGCUCUCCGCUCUCCGCUGGUGCCGGGGGCCGCCGCCCCGCGCUGCCGCCGCCGCGGGCCCGCUCAGGAUUCCCAGCGGAUCCUCCCGCCAGGAUUCCUGCUCCCGCAUCCCGGCUCUCCCCGUGCCAAGGAUGCCCUUCCCGCUGCUCAUCCUGGCACUCGGCCUGGCAGGUGCCAUGGAGAUCCAGGUGCCCGAGGAGCCCGUGGUGGCCCUGUUUGGCCACGACGCCACCCUGCUGUGCUCCUUCUCUCCGGACGCCAACUUCAGCGUGGCCGAGCUGAGCCUCAUCUGGCAGCUGACGGACACCAAGCGCCUGGUGCACGGCUUCUCGGGGGGCCACGACCAGCUGCAGGACCAGGGCCGCGGCUACGCCAACCGCACGGCGCUCUUCUACGACCAGCUGGCCCGGGGCAACGUGUCCCUGCUGCUGCGCCGCGUGCGCAUCGCCGACGAGGGCAGCUUCACCUGCUUCGUGCGCGUGCACGACCACGACAGCGCCGCCGUGGCGCUGCAGGUGGCGGCUCCCUACUCCAAGCCCAGCGUGCACCUGGAGCCCAGCAAGGACCUGAAGCCGGGUGACGUGGCCGAGGUGACGUGCCACGCGUCCCGCGGCUACCCCGAGGCCAGCGUGCUGUGGCAGGACAGCCGGGGUGCCAACCUGACUGCCAACGUCACCACGUGGCAGGUGGCCAACGAGGAGGGGCUCUUCGAGGUGCGCAGCGUCCUGCGCGUGCUGGUGGAGCCCAGCGUCACCUACUCGUGCCUGGUGCUCACGCCGCUGCGCCAGCACGGCCACGCCUCGGUCACCAUCACGGGCCAGCCCCUGGCAUUCCCGGCGGUGGCCCUGUGGGUGACAGUGGCCCUGGCCGUGUGCGUGGUGGCCCUGCUGGGCGUCCUGGCCUUCGUGUGCCACCAGAAGAUCCGCGAGAGCUGCCGGGAGGACGAGGAGCGCGCGGGGCCAGAGGAGCGGGAUGAGGAGGGGGAGGAGCCCAAGACAGCUCUGCAGCUGCUGGAAAACACGGAGAGCAGAGAGGCUCGGGAGCAGGAGAUCGAUUGACGGCAGCCCCGGAGCCCGGCCCCGCCCGCGCGUCCCCGAGCGAGCGGCGACACCGCCGGGGAGGUGACACCCCCGGGCUCUGACACCUCCGGGACAGUGACAUCCAGGCUUGUGACACCCCCGGGGAGGUGACACCUCCGGGACAGUGACACCCCCGGGGAGGUGACACCCCCAAGGAUGUGACAUCCAGGGCUGGUGACACCUCCGGGCUGGUGACACCCCCGGGACAGUGACACCCCCGGGGCGCCCCGCAGGGAGGACCGGAGCUGCCGCCUCCCCCCUCCCAUUCCCGCUCCCCGCCUCCCGUCCUUCCCGGGAAGGCUGGGCUGAGGAUCUGCCCGGUGUCCCCGUGUCCCUCUGCGUGUCCCUCCCCGGGGGACAUUGCCGUUCCCUGCUCUGGCCCCGGGAAUGGCGGCGGAGCGCGGGGGGCUCCGGGAGCCCCUUCCCCCGCUCCUUUUCCCGCUCCCCGAGUCCCUCCGGACUCGUCCUGGCCUUACACGCUGGAUCCCGGCGGGGUUUGUCCCCCCGGAGCGAUCCCGGGGCGUUUUGGGAAGGGGGCACCCGCUGGCCGGGUGAGGUCCUGCCCUGGGGACAUCUCUGGGGACAUCCUGAGCUCGUCAUUCCUGUGGGAUUGGGGCGCGUCCCGGGGUCCCCCGAGCGCCGCUGGGGACAUGGGGACACCCCGAGUGCUGCUGGAGCAUCCCUGUCCCGCUCCGGAGCGCUUUAAAAUCCGGGAUCUGGAGGUUUCUCGUGCCUUGACAAAUAAAUUUGGGACCGUGUCGGUCGA